AUGUCAGGUGUUCCAGAAUCAAAUGCUUAUUCUCAAGCUUCUCGAGGAAGCAAAAGAAAAUGGGUUCCAGAAGAAGAUGCAGCAUUAGUUUCCUGCAUGGUGGACCUGCACAAUGUUGGAACAUUUAAUGUUGAUACCGGGUUCAAAGCCGGUUAUUUGAACGAGUUGGAAAGAAUGCUACAAACGGUUUUGCCAAAUGCAAUGUUGAAGGCGAAACCUAAUAUUGAAUCAAGGAUUAGGUUACUUAAACGGGAGUGGUCAAUCGUCUAUGACAUGCUUAAUGGCCAAAAUAAUAGCGGUUUUGGUUGGGACGAGCAUAGGCAGCUCGUUGUUGCUGAAGAUGCGGUUUGGGAGUCCUAUUUAAAGAGUCACAGAGAAGCCGCUCAAUUCAGAUAUCGCACUUUCCCUUACUACGACCAGCUUACUACCAUAUACGCAAGAGAUCGAGCAACUGGGAAAGAUGCUCAAACAGCUGCUGAUGUUCUUGAAGAAAUAAAUGCUGAUGUUCGUACUACAGCUAUGGAUGAAGAAAGAAACUCAUUCUAUGACUGCGAAGCUGACAUCCCUUUGGAUGACAUGGAUGUUUCUGCUGCGGAGCCGCAACGAGAUUGAGACCAAGGGGGUUCCUCAUCUUCAAACAAGAGAAAGAAGAAAUCUGAUGCUCGUGAUAUGUCUUCUUCAUUUGAUGAGGCUGCCACUUUAUUGGCCGAAAACAUCAAGGCCGUUGGCGAUCAAAUCAGUAGGAGUAUUGCCUCCGAGGUGGUAGUUCAGCAGAAGUCAGAAGAAUAUCAAACGAUGGAAGAGAAAGCUUCAAAUUUAUAUUCAGCCUUAUGGUCAAUUGAAGGUUUAACCGACGAUCAGCGGUAUGAUGCUUUGAGUAAAAUUCCCGAUCAUCCAACUCAAAUGAUCGUUUU